AUCAUUGUUCUUUCACGCUCUAAUUGAAUCGAACCCUAGGUAUGGCUGGACCCGACGCAAGCUGUGUGGAUGAGAUCUGCCAGGGAGAUGAAACUGUUUCAAAAGGCGUAAGAAACCUAGCCAUAUUCUUUGAGACUCUCGGCGCCUCUUCUCCGGAUACAAGGAAACAGUUCAGUUCCAGGGCCCGGGCACCUAGUUCUAAAACCAGCAAUCGAAAAGGUUGCGGAGGAUCCGCUGGUUCAGGUUUUGCCUUAGGCACCUAUACCUAUACUCCUGUCGACUUCAGGUCCAAGUUCAGGGGACCAGUGGCUGGUGGAGAUGCUUCUAUGGACAAAGCAGUGCCUUGCAAUGAGUGUUCUAAGGAGCACCCCCCUUAUUCUUAUUGCCCUUACGCACCUUAUGGGCCUUGUCGUAUUUGUUAUAAGGUUCACCACCCUAGUUAUUGCCCUUACUUCGACCAUAUCCCACAGGGUGCAACUUUUGACCAUGGCUAUGAAAUAAUUUGCGGAUGUGGUAAUGAAUUUAAUGAGGAUAAGUGGGUUUGUACCUCUUGUGGUGGGAGCAGAGCAGUGCUUAAGCCCAAGUAUUGUUCCAUUUGUAAUAGCGUGAAACAGCACGGCACAUAUGAAUGCCCGAAGGACAAGGUUCUUGCUGCCAAGUAUAAAUUGGCCAGAGACCAGAGGCGUUCAGUUGUGCCGAAUUUGAUUCCCUAUGACACUGUUUAUAUUCCAAAAUCAUCAUCAGGAAAGAUCUAUGUUCCAACUCCUCCUCCUGGGUGGGUUUGUGGACACAUGAAAGAAGGCAUGUUUACUGGGUCUACGAAAUAAGCUUCCAAGGAGUUGUUGUAUGCUUCUCUGGAUAAAUAGACUGGUUGCACCAGAGAGGAUUCAGUUAAUGUAACUUUAUGGAUGUAAUGUGAAUUUAUGAGCAGAUAAUUAAAGACGCCUUGAGAACUUUUUAAUA